AUGCUUAAACGUUCUUAUGUCUCGACGAUGAGCAGGCGCAGCUCGAGAAAUGGUCCUGGAAACGGCCUAGCCAGGCGCCCACGGAGCCCCUAGGCACAAACUGCGAUGAAGCUGCACCUACUAACGGGCCUCAGUAUAGGCCCGUUUGCGCCUCGACGGAGCGCGUACCGCGCCGUGCUCUCAGACAAUGAAAACAAGCGCUUCGUCAUCCUUAUCUUGCGUGAACAGCCGCAGCAGGCUGACGGCGGACUUGGCCAGGCGCUGCAGCAGUGUCUCGACCGCUUGUGGGACAAAUCAAAGGAGAACCCAUUUGCAUGGGGAGAAGAAAGCCCCGCCCACAAGGUCGUAGCUCUGGAGCUAGACUGGUCAGCCAUCGUGGGCAUUGACUAUCGCUGCCCGCUGCAUGACGAUGGGCGCCUGACGCUGGAGGCGCGACAGGUCGUCAAGCGGUGCUUCAAGACGGUGGAGGAUGCGCGUGACUUUUACUCGCCGGUGCCUGCUCAGGCCACCAGCUCACGCCGCGCCGCACUCUCGGCGGCGCCCACACCCAGCAAGGUUUCGCUGGAGGGUCACGCCUGGGCGGGUGUGGGCGGCGGCGGUGGCGGCCUUGGUGAUGCCGUGAUGACUGCACACCUUCAGAGGCCCGGCGCAUUAGGGCAACAGACCUCGCAUUCUCCGCGGGAGCACCCCCGGCCGCGCAGCACAAGCACCUCAAGCGCCUUUGCUGCCGCAGCUGGGUGCGCCGGGCCGUCCCAUGCGAGGCCGGACACCACUGGCUGGCGCGCCCUCAGACGUAGCGCGGCGGGGCCUGCGGCGGCGUCCACAGGGCGCGGACAGGAUGCGCAGCUGCGUGAAGAAGCGGCACCUUCCUGGCCGUCCCGCAGUGUCAGCGCCAGUCGAAUGAGCCGGCCGUGCAGUCAGACCGGCCACCGGUCCAGGGUCACGGCACCGGGGGCAGCGAGCUGCUACACGGCAGCUGCGGCCGCAGGCGCCGGCGGCUGCUUGUCCGCGGACGAGGCGCCGAGCGGCAGCCGAGCGCAGUCGGCCUUCACAGGAGCAGCCGCAGCGGCGGCGUCUGCAGCGGCAGUGGCACUUAACGCAGCUGCCGCGGCGGCAGCGGGGGGAGCUGAGGGGCUCCGGUGUCUGGCGGCCAGGCGGAGACUGAACCUGAACGUGGAGCUGCCGUCGUGGGCGUCGGGCGGGACAGCAGACGGUGGGCUGUCGAGCAGGUCGCAGACGGGCACAGGGCGAAGCCGCGAUGCCGCUGGUGCGUCGGGGGGCGGUGGUGGCGGGGGGGGCCUAAGCAAGCCCAUGACGCGUGCGGAGAUGACCCGCCUGAAGCACGAGGAGGUGUCGUCGCCACGGCGAGUGCGCUCCGUGGACAACCUAGCAGCCUUUGGGGAUCAGCACCAGCAGCACCGGGAACCACACCCGCGGCAGGAGCAGGUCGGGACGAGGGCGGUGGCGGACAGCAGUGACGGCUCCGUCUGCGCUGCCGCCCGCGACCGGGGAGUUGCCAGCCUGCGGCAGCGCCCAUGCUCCACAACCGCGCUGCAGCUAAACGGCCGCAGCCGCAACAGCAGCAGGUCCCUGCUUGGCGGGGCGGCGGCGGAGCGGGGCUCGGACCUGCACGGGUCCCUGUCAGGCGUUGGGCCCAACCGCGCCUUCAGCGGUGACCUUGACGCCGUGACCGCGCCGUACAACGCGCGCCUAGCCGCAGCGCGCGAGGCCGCCUACCGGCGGAGCUGUGACGCGGAGGCGCUGGCGGCGGCCCGUGUGCAUGCGCGGCAGCACGGCGGCGCAAGCAGCACACGGAGCGUGCACUACCACCGGUCGCCGCCAGGGUGGGGCACAUCGUGGGAGGACCUCAGCCGUCUGGCCGCCGCAGCCGGCAGCAGCGGUGACCCCGGCAGCGCACUCAGUGCGGGCAGCGGCGGCCGGGCCGCUGCAGCCGCAGCGGGGACAAGCGGCGUGGGCGACUCCGGGCCGGCCGUGGCCGCGGCGGCCGCGGCUGACGAUGUGCCUCGUGCAAGCCGGUGGACGGUACCCAGUGGCACCUAUCGCGCCUGCACGUUGGUACUCAGCUUUCGGGACCCGUUCUUGCCGCAGAUGCUGCGCCGCUUUGUGAAGAGCGACAUUCGCCUGCUGAAGCUGUACGAGAGCGGGCUGCCACCCUGGGCCAUGCUGAUGCCGUGCUACGGGUUGCCGUACCGGCCGUGGAUGCGGCGGGCGGCCUGGCUGGCCUUCCUGGCCAUCUCCGUGGUUUCCAUGGCCGCCGGCUUCUACGACCUGUGGCGGAACGUGCCGUUCCUGAAGCAGGUGGUGACCGCCAUCGCCUCGCGCCUCUACCUGCCGGCCGCCGAGUUCUGGGACCGCCUCAGCGACUGGCUGGAGCGCCACACGCAGCUGCGCAUGAGCAUCCUGCUCACCUACCUGUUCAGCAAGUCGCCGCUGCUGGUGUCCUUCAUGCGCGCGCUCCGCAGCCUGGCGGCGCUGCUGCAGCAGCUGCUGGCGCCGGCCCUCGCGGCGCUGGGCGCGGCCCUGGCGCCCGUGGCGUCGCUGCUGCAGGCGGUGGCGGCUGGGCUGGGCGGCGGCGUGGCGGCAGCGGCGGGUGCGGUGGCGCAGGCGGCGGCGCCCGUGGUCGCGGCGGCGGCGGCUUACGGCUCUGAGGCCGCAGCAUUCGCGGGCAUGGUGCUGGGGCCGCCGGCGCGGGCGGUGUGGGGCGUGGCGGUGCUGGUGGCGCAGCUGGUGCGGCUGGUGGCGGCGCUGUUGGGCAUGGUGCUGGUGGGGCCCGUGCAGCUGGCCUACACGGUGGGGGGCGCGCUGAGCUGGGCGGGCGGCGAGCUGGCGGAGCAGGUGGCGGCGGCGUGGCAGGGCCUGGUGUGGGCGCUGCAGUGGACCGUCACGCUGGGCCGCGCGGCGCAGCGCGUGGCGCCAGCGAUGCAGGCCGGCGCACGGGCGGCGGCGUCGGCUGCGCGGGCAGCGGGUGCGGCGGGCGGUGCUACCGGCGGCGCCGUGGGCGGUCUGACGUCGGGCGUGGCGGUGUGGCAGUGGCUGGGGCUUGAGGUGGUGGGCGCGUACAAUGCAGUGCGCCUGACCUUCGUGCAGGCGCUCAAGUCCUUCCAGGCCGUCAUGAACUUCCUGUGCACGGUGGCGUGUGUGACGGUGCAGCACCGCGUGUCGCUGCUGCUUCAACUGCGCCGCUUCCUCACGCGCCAGAAGGGCCGGCUACCGGCCGCCGUCGCCGCCUCCGUGCCGCUGCCGUCCUUCGUCAGCAUGCCCUCCUUCGACGGCGGCGGCUCCUCCUCGGGCGGCCCCCAAGCCCGCUCGUCUUAUUCGCUCACGCUGUCCACCUCAGGCAACCUGGCCAGCCUGCUCUCUGGCCACUCCAACGGUGGCGGAGCCAGCGGGCACCUGCCUUCGGUGUUCAGUCGCGGCCUGUCGGGGGUUCUGGAGGCCGAGGCGGAGGCGGACGAGUCGUCAAUGAGCUUGCCGGGCGGCGCGUCGCCGGGCGGAAUGUACCACUACAGAUACGUCGCUGUGGCGGCGGCCGCGGCAGCGGCUGCCGGAGGUGACAGCAGUGAGCCGGACAGCGGCGACAUGCGGGUGCUAAUGGCGGCCAUGAUGCAGCGCGAGCAGGCGGAGGCAGAGACAGGAAUGGAUAUGCGGGGAGAGGAAGCGCUGGGCCGGCGGCUCGAAACUGGCGCCGGCGGUGUGGCGCACGGCGGCGCGUUGUUCCGCGGCUCUGCCGCGGCGGGGCUGCGGCGGCGGCAUGUCGGGGGAGAUGGCAGGGGCCACGCUGGCCGCAGCGAGCCGCUGCUGCAGCGCCAGCUGUCAGCUGUGGACGAGUCGGAGCACGAGGGCCUGUCUGGGCCGCAGGGGCGAUGGCCCUGGGGUGGUAGUGGCGGCGGCGGCCCCACUGGAGGGCCCGGCACCAACCACGCGUCGGCGCGCCGGCACACCGCGGACGAGGCGGCGGGCAGCUGGCAGCACGCCAGCUGGGAUGCGCUGCGGGGAUCAGAGCGGGGCAGCAGGCACGAGGAGGAGGAGGAGGAGGAGGAGGACGAGGAGGAGAAGGCGCCAGGGUAUUGGCGGGCGGCGGCUAAGGCCUUGUCCGCGUCACUGAACAGCGCAGAGCAAGGGCGCAACCAACGGGGCUCUGGGCGUGGCCAAAAGCCCCAGCACGCCUCCGCAGGAGAGGGCCUUGCCCAGGGGCAAAGACAGGAGCCGCGACAAGGGAAGAAGAAGCGGCAGCAGAAGCAGCCCCACACGCGACGCGUGGAGGGGCACACCUCUUCAGGCGAGGCCGUGCAUGAACGCGGCAGUGGCAGUAGCAGUGGCGGAGGAGGCGGCCUGGCGGGCGGCCCGCCCCUGGUGCGCGCGGAACCAGCGCCGCACAUUGCCAGGCAUGGGGCGUCCGGUGGCGUGCCCCGUGUCGAGGGCACUUUCACGGUGUUGGGUGGGAUGCCAGCGCCGGCGCCGGAGGACAUUCCACUGGCGCGGCAUCUGCGGUCGUCUUCGGCGCCGUUGGUCGCGAGGCCGCAGGAUGCGGGCUCCUCCCCAGCGACCUUUCCAGCACUGGUGCCUGGAGCAGCGGGCAGUAGGAAGCAGCUACUGAACGGACUUGGGGCCAGCAGCUCUGCGGAGGCUCAAGUGUCUGGCGCAACUUCAGGAGAAGUUGCCACUGGCGGGCCGGCGCGGCAGCAUCGCCCGAGUGACGGUGGCUGCUCCCAGCCGCCAGCGUUGGGCAAUAACGGUAACGGGCCGGCGGGGCGGGCAAGUACGCAGCAGGGGAUGCUGCAGAAGCAGCGGGCCGUUCCCGCGGCGUGCUGAAUUGACGGCUGCCCUGGUGGGUAGAGGUGGAGCGGGAGUACAAUUUAGGGAAUGUCUUUCAUAUGGGGCUCACGCACUGGCAUGUGGCCUCUGCUUCGACAACCUGCUGUAAACGCCAGAUUCUUUUACACUUCGAGCACUGCGUCAUUUGGCAGUCGGCCCUCCUGUAUGCAUAUGUUUUGAUGCCCCGCCUUAUUGGCGGGCGCCGUGUCGACAGGAACUGUAUGUAGACUUGGAUGCCGUGUCUAUUGCGGCCCGUCAGUGGAUACGGACGCGUUUUGGGCAGGAUUGAUGUUUGCGCAUGGACUGCGGGAGAUGGGGGCGGUCCGGUUGUUUUACUUCACCGUUGAAACUUUGAGGCACAGACGAGUAAGAAUGCGGUGCGAACAAGUUGAACUGUAGUAUGUGAGGCAAGUGACCGUCGGCAGCCUUGGACGGGUCGCUCUGCCGCUUGACGGGGGCACGUCGUAAGCGGCCGUAUGCGGCCGUACGCGAUCAUUCCGUGAAGAGGGGCGAGGAGCGCACAUGCAUCGGCUCGGUGUUUGGAUAGCGUAGUUGCUGUGUAACACAGGUUGUAGUUUCUGUGUAACACAGGUUGUAGUUGCUAUGUAACACAGGUCGAGU